GAAACAAUAUUGUACAAUCGUUUUAUAAUGUAAAUUCCUCUAGAAAAAAAUAUUUAGAUUCCUUGUUUGUGAAAAUGAUAGCUCAAGAUAUGCAACCCCUCCGAUUGGCCGAGCACGAGGGAAUUAAGGAGUUUGUAAAAGCCUUGGAUUCUAGGUAUCAAUUACCGUCUAGAAGUGUAAUUUCGAAUAGCCUACUUCCUAACCUAUACACAAAGUUUAAAUUAAAGUUAUUUGAUCUCCUGAAAAAUAUAAAAGACAUUGCAGUAACAACAGAUAUGUGGACUUCACCCAAUAAUCAGGGCAUAUGUGCAAUAACCGCUCAUUUUAUUUUAAAGCAAAGAUUGCAUUGUGCUCUUCUAGCAGCUGUUGUAGUAGAAGGACAUCACAAUGCAGAUAACAUUGCCUCGGUUUUGGAUGGGGUUUUGCAAGAGUGGAGAUGUCGCAAUAAAGUAGUAGCUCUGGUGACGGAUAAUGCUGCUACAAUGAUAAAAGUAGCCGAUAUUUUAAAAAUACGCCACGUACCAUGUUUUGCGCACUCGUUAAAUUUGGUCAUUAAAGAAGUUCUUGCUGAACCUGGUCUGAAGCAACUUAUAGAAAAAUGUAGUAUGAUUGUUAGUCAUUUUAAACAUAGCACAUUGGCAUCAGAUAAGUUACGAUCUGUCCAAAGAGAAAUUAAUAGACCUGAAUUGAAAUUAGUAAAAUUUGUAGAAACUCGAUGGAAUUCUGCAUUUUACAUGUUAAAGAGAAUUUUAGAAGUAAGACAGGAGCUGACAUUGGUAUUAGGUGAACUGCCAAAUGCACCAGAAAAUCUUACUGCGAAUGAAUAUUCGAUCGUGGAGGAAUUAGGAAAUAUAUUGGAACCAUUGGAGACUUGCACAGUUGGAAUAUCAGGUGAAGAUUAUGUCACAAUUUCUCUGAUAAUUCCACUAAUAAAAGGACUCUGCCUACAAAUGGUCGAAUUGGAAAAUCAACACAAUUCAGAUUUUGCAAAAACUGUAAUUGCAGCUAUGAAAACAUCUGUUCAAAAGAGACUAAAAUGUUAUGAAACCAGAAGUCCAUGUAUGAUUGCUACACUUUUAAAUCCUCAUUUUAAAAGAGCUGGGUUUAAAACUCAUACUGAUGCAGAAAAUGCUAUUUUAAUCACUAAGAAAGAAUACGCUACAUAUUUAUCUUCUGAAAGAUUCCAAAUUUCGUUAGAUAGAAACAUGCCUGAAGUAUGUGAAGAAGUUAUCAGUCCUCCGUCUCCAAAAAAAUCUAAGCUUAGGAGAUUGCUUUCGUUCGUUGAUAACGCACCUAAAGGUGCUACUUCAGUUACUGCGGAUAUCAUAGUAGACAUGAGACAAUAUUUGGAAAAACCUACAAUUCCAUUUUCUGAAUAUCCUGUAGAGUAUUGGUAUCAUCAGGAAAACCAAUUAAAACACAUAGCAAUGAAAUUUCUGUGCAUUCCUGGAAGCUCAACUCCAGCAGAAAGAGUUUUUUCGAAAGCUGGUCUUAUAAUUACAGACCGUCGAAACCGUCUCAGUGGCAAACAUAUUGACAAACUAUUAUUUAUAAAAAUUAACUGUGAUUUGUUCAAAUAAUUUUUAUUAAGGUCUUAAAUUCAAUUACAAUUUAAUUAAAGGUUUUUCAUAAGAAAACUUACUUUGUUAAUCAUCUAUAUUAUGAACAUGAUCCUUAACACAACAAUAAUUGACUUAAUUAUAAUUAAAAAACAAUU